AUUGUAGAAUAGAAUUCUCAAAUCUCAUUUAUCUGAACUUUUAGAGUAGAGUAGAGCCAGACCUGAAGAAAUCUCGUUUUUGGUGUCGUUUCGUUGUUCUGGUUUUGCGCAAAGAGCUUCUCGUUUUAUUUAUCCAAAAACUUCCAGCAAAUAUUAUAAAAGGACCAUAAAACGUGGAGCUUGCUAUAUUUAUGUGAACUGCAUCAAAUCUCGGAAUAUACAUGCCGGAGAAAAUGAACAGACGCAUGACACCGCGCAGUGCUAGUCGAAGCAUCAGCAGAUCACCUGUAAGGAGGAAUGGGAGGAGAAAAACACCAAGCUAUUCACGAAGCCGGUCCAAUUCACGAAGUCCACCACCACCGAGAAAGAACGGAGGUCGUCGGCGCACUAACAGUCGCAGUCGAUCCAGGUCAUUUUCACCCAGAUAUAGGCGCAGGUCGCGAUCUCGGAGUCCCUAUGGCUCAAAACAACAACGCCGCACAGGAACGCGGGACAAACCAUUGCAAAGUAGAUGCUUGGGAAUUUUUGGAUUGAGUAUCCACACUGAUGAACACAAAAUUCGUGAUUUAUUUUCAAAAUAUGGGAGAAUAGAACGCAUUCAAGUUGUUUUGGAUGCAAAGACUGGACGAUCUAGAGGGUUCUGUUUUGUUUACUUUGAUGACUUAAAAGACGCUAAGGUCGCAAAAGAUGGUACUAAUGGUCUAGAAAUUGAUGGCCGACGUAUUAGAGUAGAUUAUUCAAUAACACAGAGACCUCACACUCCAACACCAGGUGUUUAUAUGGGUCAACCGACGCGAGCCUACAAGGAAAGAGAAUACCAUGACCGUUACAGAGAAGAUUACCGUAGUAACAAACGACAAUCGGGAUCACCUUAUCGUGACAGAAGACGUCAAUACGAGCGCAGCCGAAGCAGAUCUUAUUCAGCACGACGCUCCCGCUAUUAAAAAAUGUUUACUUAAUAGAACAACCUUAUCAUUUACUUUUAGUUUAUUUCAAACAAGGACUUUAAAUUAUCUUAUUAGUUUUUUUUUAUUAAUAUUAUUAUUAUUUUUGCGUUAGAAACGAAUGAAUUGGUGUAAUUUUUAUUUUAUUUUAUUUUCCUUGCAAUAACUACGUUUGUGUUUAGUUUAAGUUUUCUUUUAUUAAUUUAAUCAGUUUAUAAUCUCCAUCCAUUUCUUCCUAAUCUUAAAGAGACGGAGUAAAAAAUUGAAAACAAAAAUAAUGGGAACCAUUAACCGAAUUUCUUUCAACAAUAUUUUAUUUUUUUUAUUUCAAUUUGUCUGAAAAGAAAAUUAGUAAUGCUAAUGUGCAUUAUUUUUAUAUCAAAUGCCUAAACGCGAACUUGAACGUAAAUCAUUAAUCCAUGCCUCUUACAGCACGGCAGUAAGUCGUCUAUUUGUUUGUGCAUUUGGCCGUGUUUAUUUUUGUAUUUUAAAAUAAAAACAAACAAACUUUAUUGUAAAAUAAUAUUAAUAAAAAUUUCAAAAUUAGAAUAAUUAUAAUAAAUUUGGUCAUUUGCUUUUA